CGAGGCCCCGCCCCGUCUGGGCACCUGAAAUCCCUCAGGGCGGAGGAGGGCGGGGACGCCAAGCAUCUUGGGGACGCUGGGUCUGGAGGGUAUAAAGCUGUUCUGGCUUGUGGUGUAGGUUGGUCUCCAGCUCCCCGCGAAUACGAAUAAGAGGAACUGAAAAAGUUGGAGAAGAUAAGGUACAUUCAGUCAGUAAGCCAGAAGAUCAGCAAAGUAGGAAAUGCACAAUUUUGAGGACGAGUUAACAUGUCCCAUUUGUUACAGUAUUUUUGAAGAUCCUCGUGUGCUACCGUGCUCUCAUACAUUUUGUAGAAAUUGCUUGGAAAACGUUCUUCAAGCAUCUGGGAACUUUUACAUAUGGAGACCUUUACGAAUUCCACUCAAGUGUCCCAGUUGCAGAAGUAUUAUUGAAAUUGCUCCAACUGGUAUUGAAUCUUUACCUGUUAAUUUUGCAUUAAAGGCUAUUAUUGAAAAGUACCAGCAAGAAGACCAUCGAGAUAUUGUCACCUGUCCUGAACAUUACCGACAACCAUUAAAUGUGUACUGUCUCCUAGAUAAAAAAUUAGUCUGUGGUCAUUGCCUUACCAUAGGUCAGCACCACGGUCACCCCAUAGAUGACCUUCAGAGUGCCUAUCUGAAAGAAAAGGACACGCCUCAGAAACUGCUUGGACAGUUAACUGACACACACUGGACAGAUCUUACUCGUCUUAUCGAAAAGCUGGAAGAACAGAAAUCUCAUUCAGAAAAAAUGGUCCAAAGUGAUAAGGAGGUUGUUCUCCAGUAUUUUAAGGAGCUUAGCGAUACACUAGAACAGAAAAAAAAAAAUUUCCUAGCUGCUCUCUGUGAUGUUAGCAAUCUGAUUAAUCAAGAAUAUACUCCACAAAUUGAAAGAAUGAAAGAAAUAAGAGAGCAGCAACUUGAAUUAAUGACACUGACAACAUCUUUACAGGAAGAGUCUCCACUUAAAUUUCUUGAAAAAGUUGACGAUAUCCGCCAACAUGUGCAGAUUUUGAAACAAAGACCACUUCCUGAGGUCCAGCUUGUCGAAAUCUAUCCUCGAGUAAGCCAAAUAUUGAAAGAAGAUUGGAGCAGAACAGAAAUUGGACAAAUUAAGAAACUUCUCAUUCCUGAAAUGAAAAUUUCUUCAAAGAGGAUGCCAUGUUCCUGGCCUGAUAAAGAUGACAAAGAAGUUGAAUUUUUUAAGAUUUUAAAUGUUGUUAUAGUUACUUUAAUUUCAGUGAUACUGAUGUCGAUCCUCUUUUUUAACCAGCACUUAAUAACCUUUUUAAAUGAAAUCACUGCAGUAUGUUUUUCUGAAGUCUCGCUAUCUGUUUACCAAAGUUUAUCUAACAAUCUAUAUGAUUUAAAGAAUAUGCUGUGUCACGCUCUAUAUUUACUGAAGGAAUUCAUGUGGAAAAUAGUUUCUCGUUGAAAAUUCAAAUCUGAAUUGUUUAGGCUUAUUCUGUACAGCAGACUAACAAUUGCUAAAGGGAGAAACAGGGUAGGAUGGAUAAAUAAAAUAGCAAACUAAACUAUCAGAGUUACAACAAAUAUAUAGAAAUGUUAAACCAUUUUUCUUAGAUGAUGGAAAUGUGUCAGAGUGAGAAAUGAUACAUAAGGUGUCUAAAAAUGAGUAUCUUGUUCACUUGAUUUAAUACAUUAUUCUAUUU